AUUAACCUUGCAAUUUGGAUCACAUCGAGACAACUUCUACGGUAGCUAGCAAUUCGGGCGCCCUCACAUUUCGGACUGCGGCGAAUCGCACUGGAUCCCGAUUCUCUGGUUUACGAAAUCGACAGUCAGCCUUCCCAACAGCCCAGAUUGUCACUUGAGUACCAUUUCAGAGGACAACGCCAAUAUGGCAGCGUCCCUGUCUGCGCGGGCCGUGCUCACCCCGCGCGGCAGCUCACUCUCUGGAGGAGCCAUCGCCGGGGCGGUGGUCGGCUCCUGCAUUGGGUUUUUCCUGAUUCUCCUAUGUCUGUUUCCUUUUGUUGUGCGUGCGCGGAGACGCCGGGCCGAGAAGCAUGGUGAUAUCGGCCAUGCGGAGAAGGGGCAGGCCCCCGGAGGCCCCAUUUUCCACAACAGCGCCGGGAGUACGCCCAAGCGGCUCUCCGGGGAAGGGGAAGGCUAUGCUCCGGACACCCCGCCGCCUGGCCUUGCAUCACCGGCCACCUUCAUCCCGGGGGACGGUCACCACCCCGAUCAGAGGGCGGCCUCCCAUCACCAGUCCCGACACACCCCUGCCCUCCCACGGGGCGUAGGUAUACAACAAGGGCUGCCGUCCUCCAUAUCGCCGCCCUUUCAACCACCUUCACCAACCACAUCAGCCACAGCGAGCCUUCAAGGAGACCAACCUGGCCCCGAUUCGACAAGAACAAGAGUGGCAUCGAUAGCGACCACUGAAGCCGAGAGCAACCGCGAACUGAGCCUUGACGACUCCCACGGCUUAAGCCCUCCCACUCACCAAAUACCACCUGCCGUUUCACCUGGAGGCAUCACUGAGGAGCCGGAAACCUUUGGACGCCCCACUCAACGUCAUUCCUUCCCUCAUCUCCCCGAGUCCAUCAGGAACUUCAUCUACAGGCGUCAGUCAGGUAACAGCCGGAGGGAUAGCAAGCGAUCAACCCUUGGAGGCACCGCUGGAACACGGUCGCCUUCGCCCCUCACCACGACCGACUACCCGGUUCCAACACAUCAACCUGAACCUGUCCCACCAGUCUUCGAGGUUGACACUGAGGCGCCAGGAGCUGCCUACGAAUACUACCACGGUCACCCAUAUUUAAGCAGCACCAGCCAACCUUAUCCCGACGACUCUUCUGCACCUCCACCACCGCAACCUACCACUCUGCCCACCACUCUCCUCCGUCAAGACACACUUCUUGCCUCGUGGGAAAUCCAGCAAGGCAUCAACCGCACCGACAGUUUACCACCUACUACCAUUGUCUCUGACCUCCCAAGUCCUUGUGUGGAUCUGACUGUUGGGCCAACCGCCAGUCCUAUGGAAAUGAUGAGGCCUACCAACCAAGCCGAGAGCGCCUGGGCUGUAAACCAGGAGAUUAUCAAGUUGGAGAACACCCCGCCCGCUCCUGCAGUCAGUGCCUUCUCCCCCCAGACUAUUCCGGCCGAGUUCGCCUAUUCCCAGCAGAUGCAAAGCCCCCAGGAACAGUACGGCCCGGAGCCACAGUAUAGCGAGUACACGCAUGUACCAGAAAUUCAGCAAAACGGCCAGGACUUUGAUCUUGACUCGGUUACCUUGUACCCCAACGACGGUUUUGGUCUACAUGACAUGUCCGAUGUCUCUACUCCUCCGCCAUUGUCCGAGUCCUCAAGGCAGAACACGCCCAGCACGCGGCUCACAUACUCGCCAUCGCCCAGGCCAGACUUUGACCAGAACACCAACUUUGCGCCGCUCAUGGUUCCCAACUCCCCAGCCAAUUUUUCUUCUUCUACCGGAGGCUUCUCAUCAAACCAGGGCAUGUCACCCGGCGCAUUGUCGGUCAAUGACUAUUCCUCGUCACAGGGAAUGUCACCAGGAGGAUUGUCGGUCAACGACUUUGGAGCCCAAGUGAUGUACCCCCAAGGUCUAUCCCUUUCGAGCAUCCCUCAGUCCGGCAUGUCCCCAACAACACCAUCAUCCAGCGGCGCUUCACCUAGAGUGUUCGCUUGCGACCAAUGCCACCGUGAAUUCGACCAAAUUCACAAGCUGAACCAUCACAAACGCUACCACGAACGCCCACACGAGUGUACCCACCCUGGCUGCACCAUGCGGUUCGGCACCAAGACCCAUCUGGACCGCCACAUUAACGACAAGCACAAAAAGACUCGCCAGUUCCACUGCACGGUGCCCGAGUGUCCCUGGUCAAGACAGGGUGGCCGCUCGUUCCCCAGGAAGGACAACUGGAGGAGGCACAUGAUCAACAAGCACCAAAUCACGCCUUUGCAAGAGCCAAUUGAGUAUAACGAUGUGGCCAUGGGCGACGCAUGAUGGCCG